AUGGCGCUUCCGACACCUGCUCAGUUUCUUGUCCCCUUGCCUGGGGAAGUAGCUCUUCUCAGCUCAAGGAAAGGGCGCUGUCUGCGAUGUCUGCUCUGUGCAUCUACUUCGCGCUCGUCAGUCUUGGGCCCAAACAGCUACCGCGAGAAGCGCGCGUGCUUCUUGGAUGAUACAGAGCAUGCGCUUCCAAUGGGCGCGCCAAUCUCAGUGAAGUUGGCUGAGGAAGCGCGAGGAAGACACGCGGACGCGCUUGGCGAAGGGGUUGCCGAUAGCCUGGAAAAGGAGUUUGCUCAACAAAAGGAGAAGCGGAUACUCGUUCGGCGGCAGGGUCUCGACCUGUUUGAGAAGGUCAAACAGCGGGUUGAGGAUCGGAAGGCUUACCAGUACCGUGCACUCGUUCUGAAGGGCCCCAAGGGCAGCGGCAAGUCGUCCUUGCUCGCACUGCUGGUGCACCAGUGCCGCGCCGCCGGCUGGUUAGCGCUCUACGUUCCUUCCGGAACGUCGUGGAUUUCGGGGUGGUUCUACGGCAAGGACGAGAAGUCGGUCUUCUUUGACACGCCGGUGCAGGCGGAAAAGGCGCUCCAGGCCCUGUUGGCUGCGCAUGGCAAACUCCUGGAGUCGCUUCCGAUCCGGGUCCCGCUGAGCGCAAUCGGCUUGGUGUUUGGCGGGACCUCAACCGUAGACCUGGACACGGAAGAGCUGGCCACGGGCACACCUGAGGAGGGCAGUCUCAAGAGCCUCGUCGAGAAGGGGCUGGAGAACCAGGGGGAGCGCGCGGGCGAGAUGCUCGUGCGGUUGCGGAUCGAGCUGACAAGUGUCACCGAGGUGCCGGUUCUCAUUGCGAUUGAUGAGACAGCGGCGGCAAGGACGUAUCUGAGCGUGGAUUUCCAGCCACCAAUGUUUUGCGCUCUCUGA